UAUGGCCACCAACAACCAAUAAGAAUUUUACUUCCAUCUUUUUAAGUAUAUAAAAUAUUUCAGUUAUAUGUAUGUACAAACAUAAAACUCGCCUCUUGACAAUGGAUAAAAUUUAAUUUGAAUUCUUUAAACAAUUUAAUACUACUAUUAUUUUAUGAAUUUGAAAUUAAAAUAAAAUCAAUUUAAAUCAAUGAAAUUAAAAAAAAAAAUUGCAUAUAUUUUGGGCAAAAACUUUUUUUAACUAUGUAAUUUAAGAGUUUCGCUAUUCCUAAAAUUAACUAUGACUUCGAGUUUUUUGUUUUAUUUUCUUUAUAAUUAUACUAUAUAAUUAUUAAAUCAAAAACGUGCCACAGUCAUUCGGUACUGCGUAGGUCGGAAUUGAAUUUAUACCUGAUUAAGAACGGCCCACUUGAGAGCAUUCCCCAAAAUUUGUCACCGGUACAACAACUCUACGAGUAAAAACAAAAUUGAGAAAGAAUAAUUGAGUGGACGUGACUGUAGUUCAAAUCACUUCACCCUUCAAAUUAAAUUUAAAAAAAAUUUGUUUCAUAAAAAAUUGAUUUGACAAAAGCAAAUGUCAAUGUUACUAUAUAAUAUAAAAAAAAAAUAAGUGUAUAAAAUACAUAUCUGCUUUUUUAUGUAAAAUUUGUCUUUCGCAACUUAGUCGUUUCGGUAAAAAAUUUUGUCAAAAUUCUUUUAGUUAUUUCGGAUAAAAUAUUUAUGUAAGAUUUUUUUUACAAAAAUACAAAUGAGUUUGUGAAAAACAAUAAUAGGUGGGACAAAACAACAACGCGAUAUUUUCAAAGCGCGUGAACAUAGAAAUGUCAGCGUUUAAAAAAAUGUUCAAUGUUUUACGUUCAAGCAAAGGAGAGAGUAGCAUAAUGGAUAUGCGAACAAUGAGUGAUAAAAGUCUACAUUCCACGUAUUCGGGUAACACCAGACCGAGUGUAUACACAUUUCGUAAUGAAUUCGGCGCCUCGUAUAGAACCUCGCCUUUGUCAACAACAUCCGAAGUAACGCAUAUUAACUACGCAAAUGAGUUAACCAAUUGGCGACAAAUGGAUACUAAUCAAUCAAUAGUCCCGUUUCCUGGCAAUUCUAUGUUGCCAGGAUAUUAUGGUCAAUAUGGAUAUCCCGAACCAUAUUCUACAAAUAUGCCAUAUCAAAAUUCAAAUUUUGGUUAUCCCAUAUUAAACGAAAAUCAAAUGAUGGUACCGGAGAAUCCAUUGUAUGCAGAAAAUAGAUUGAUGAAUGCCGAUAGUCCUCUGCCAGCAAUGCCCAAUAUGACAACUUUGACUGAACCUAGAAAUCAAUUUGCAAACUCACGCUCCGAUGCAUUUAGAUCCAGUAUGGCAGCUAUUCCACUAGAUAAGUUGAAAAGAAUGCGCGCAGCGAAAGAUUUAUACAACGUUUUGAAUUACUUGGAUAGCGAUGAGACUUUCUUAAGGAAAACGAACAAAACUAACAAAUCCAAGAAAAAUAGCAAACUACUAUUUUAAACUUGAUCCAAUUUGAAUUUGCCUUCUUUCUUUGUUGCAUCAGUUCGAUGGAGUUGAUACAACAAGCGCUCCUCGAUAUGUUUCACCGCAUUUACAGUUAGCACUAAAGUGUCGUGUUUAAGCAUUGAAUAUGUAUUGAGACCAUAUGAAGGCAUCAAAUUCACAUAACCCAGCGCAUCAGUGGCAUAAGAAAUAUUCUCCGGAAAAAUAUCAUCUCUGCAUGAAAGAAAAAAAAUAUUAUUUCGCAACUUUUUUUAAAUAAAGUAAAAUAAAAUACCUAUCCACAAUUAACACAGAA